UACCACAAGUCUCACUGUUCAACGCUUCAUCUGAUACUCUUCCUGCUCUCAAUUACUCUUUCUCACUUGACUUCACUCUUGAAACCCAAUUCAUUUCCACAAGCUCUUCAAGCAUGGCUGCAAUACCCACUCACAUCAAAGCCUGGGCCUACUCAGAACAUGGCAAGAGCGUUGAUGUUCUCAAGUUUGAUCCCAACUUGCCUUUACCUGAGUUGAAGGAGGAUCAAGUCCUCAUCAAGGUUGCUGCUGCAUCCCUUAAUCCCAUUGAUUACAAGAGAAUGGAAGGGGCGUUUAAGGCCUCAGAUUCCCCUUUACCAACUGCUCCAGGGUACGAUGUUGCUGGAGUGGUGGUUAAGGUGGGGAGUGAGGUGAAGAAAUUUAAGGUUGGGGAUGAAGUUUAUGGUGAUAUCAAUGAGCAAGCUAUGGUAUAUCCAAAGGUGGUUGGUUCAUUGGCUGAGUAUACAGCUGCAGAAGAGAAACUGUUGUCACACAAACCGCAGAAUCUGAGCUUUGCUGAGGCUGCUAGCCUUCCUUUGACAAUUGAGACUGCUUAUAAUGGCCUUGAAUUAGCUGGCUUUUCUGCUGGGAAAUCUAUACUUGUGCUUGGAGGUGCUGGUGGAGUUGGAACCCUCAUUAUUCAGCUGGCAAAGCAUGUUUAUGGCGCAUCUAAGAUUGCAGCUACAUCCAGCACUGGGAAACUAGAAUUGUUGAGGAAGUUGGGAGCUGACACGCCUAUUGAUUAUACAAAGGAGAACUUUGAAGACCUUCCUGAAAAGUUUGAUGUUGUGUAUGAUACAGUGGGUCAGACUGAGAGUGCAUUCAAGGUUCUAAAAGAAGGAGGCAAAGUUGUGACAAUAGUACCACCUGGACUUCCACCAGCAAUCUUUUUCGUGCUCACUUCUGAUGGGGCUGUCUUAGAGAAACUGAGACCUUUCUUGGAAAGCGGCAAGGUAAAGCCAAUACUUGAUCCCAAGAGCCCGUUUCCAUUUUCGCAAACUGUGGAAGCAUUUUCAUAUCUGGAAACAGGCAGAGCCACUGGAAAAGUAGUCAUCCAUCCCAUACCAUGAACUUGACCACUUUAAUUUUAUUCUAAUCUAUAAUGCAGCUGUUUGUGAUUUAAUAAUUGUGGUUAAGAGUGAGAAAUACUUUGGUAAACAUUCUUGUAUUGUCAAUAAAAAUCUCUUUCUAGUGUGGUUGCAA